AUGGACGCCGAAUCACCCGAAGAAGAUGCCUCUGAAGCCGAGCCGCCCGGACCCAAACCCCGCAAGCCUCGGGCCACAGUGCCUGGACACGCGACUCCCCAAAGCCUUCGCCGAAACAAAGUGCUACACAACUUCAUCGACCGGACUACGCCCAUCCGCGAGGCUUCGACGAGUACGGCGCCAGGUCGUAGGGCACGCGCCGGAUGCACGCCGCAUAAUCCGCGUGGUCUCGCUCAAGAUGAACGUACGCCCUCCUCGCACGCCAUGAGCAACCUCGCUCCCGCCGCCAACCCAGAGCUCGAUGCAGAGCACGCGGUCGAAAACGACCGAACCAGUGCGCGUUCGCUAUUCGAGAUGCUGUGCCUGCCGUUCACGUGGCUGCGCGAUUCUUUCAACUCGUUCAUGGGAUGCUGUGCGUAG